AUACAUUUUGCUCUUCAUUUGACCCCUAAAUCAGGUAAUAACUUAGUUUCUCCCCUAUCAUGGCAUCAUGGAGUGUCAGAGCUAUACGCACUAUCGCGGCAGCGCCAUUUCUUUUCAUAGCGGUCUGGUGCGCCCGUGAAAUGGAUCUUCAGAAAAUCGCUGCCAACCAACAACCAUUCGAAGAAUCCGGCGUAAUUGAGUGGGAUGGCGGGAAGAUCUCGAUAACUGAAGGCUUCUACAAAGUAGACAUUUUUAAUAAACUGUUUUUCGGUGGAACGGCAACUUUCUCACCUGCAACGUUUGGAUACGAUGCUGUUUCCUGGUGGCAGCUAUUUGCUUUUCUUGUCGACCUUGGUCCCGUGUAUACAGUAUGGAUUUUGGAGUCGUACCGUACUGGCAUCGCCUAUACGCCGAUGUACUUUCCUACAAUAUUCACAUUCGCGGGCCAAAUGCUUGGCUUGGGGCCUGUAGCUCCUGUUUUCUAUUGUUUGUACUUUAUUUUUGGUCCAACAGCUUCAGGCAUGGCCGCGUCGCCAGUUCGCGAUCGGACCGUUUGGCGUGGAAAUGGUGGCGUUUUACUUCUGGUCGUAUUUCUGUUUCAUACGGCUGAGGUUUUCGCUAUGUUUCUUGCUCCCGAUUUUGAGAUUCGGCAUUAUUGGACUUGGGCCUGGCAACUCACCCCUAUAUGGAUCGGAGUUGGCAAUUUAUUCCUUAGUACAAUAGUUGCGCCAUUCCUGCCCAAGACCAACAUGAUCGCGCCCCCGAAAAUUUUAACGGCGGUCCUGGGAUUGUUCUCGGCUGGCGUUUGGGGUUACACACUACUAUUUUCGCCUUAUUCUCUAUCAACUCUUCUUAUUCCAGCAGUGGGGCCACAGUCGGAAUUCAUCACACACUGUCGAAAGGCAUUCCAAGCUGAUUACAUAGGCGUUUUGGGCAGCUCCCUUUUAUGGCUUGUAUACUCCUUCUUUGACCUUGGUAGCGUUGGUUUGUUAGGCCGAAACUGGUUCUAUUACGUCGCGCUACUCCCCGUUGUCACCGCUCUCGUGGGUCCAGGGGCUGCUUUUAUUCUUGGUUGGUACCUAAGGGAGAGGGCGUUGUCCGUUAAAAGGAAUCAAUCCACCUAAGUAACGAAUGCGCACGAAAUAGAAUCUACGGUAUAUAGAGUCGCUGACAGGA